CACUACGGCCUGGGAAACAGAAAGUUAGCACCUUUUAAAAUACCUUCUUGCAGGGGCUGUCCUUCCAAGCUGCCAAGAUGGGAGAAGAUGAAACCAGGGCUUUGCUAUCAAAGACAGACAGACUGGAUGCAUUUUGUCCAUCGAAUGCACAAGGUUCUCAUCAAAGUCUGAUUAGAGGAAAAGAAACUGGCUGCCCUGGGAAUCAGAAAGGACAAUGGCACUUCCGCAAGUCUUCCCAUCACCCUCUAGACUCACUUAGCUGCAGUAUUAAAUAUUUGACAUUUAUCUGGAAUCUGACGUUCUGCAUUACAGGAUCGCUCAUUUUGGCCAUAGGAAUCUGGGGUCUCUCUGACAAGGAAUCACUGACAAGUGAGCGGAUAACUUACUUGGGCAGCGACCCAAUGCUCUUUUUUGUGUUGGCGGGUCUAGCAGCGAGUACUAUGGCUCUGUUAGGCUGUACGGGUGCCCUCUUUGAGAACACCUGUCUCCUUAAGCUGUUUACUGGCGGAAUCAUCACCUUUGUGAUCCUAGAAGCUCUGGGAGGAAUCGUCCUCGUUUCUGUACAACACCAGAUCAAGGCCUCCUUGCAAGAUUCUCUCAUGGUGGCAGUGCUACGGUACCAGGAUGACCCAGAUCUCCAAUUUAUUAUGGAUGAAAUUCAGGCAGGCCUUCAGUGCUGUGGCGUGGAAUCUUACCUAGACUGGAAAACAAAUUUGUAUUUUAACUGCAGUUCUCCAGGCGUGCAAGCCUGUGGUGUUCCAGCUUCCUGCUGCCUGGAUCCACUGGAAAAUGGCACGAUAUCAAAUUCCCAGUGCGGCUUUGGUGCCCUGAAGCUAGAGGAGUUCGUGGCUCCAAGCACCAUCUAUCUUGGAGGCUGUGUUCCCCAGCUGAGCAGAUGGCUCCAUAAUCAUGCAGGAGUGAUUGGGUUCUCUUGUGUGAUUCUGAUUGCAGUGGAAGUAGGGAGCUUAUUACUGGCCACUAAGCUCCUAGCAGGUAUUGCCUUUGCUAGGACUCUGCAUGACAGUGGGAGGGAACAAAUGUAUUUACUCUCCCAUCACCAGAGACAAAGGGGAUUUUAUUCAUGAUCUUCUGAAGACAGUACAUUCAAAGUGUUAUAAACCCCCUUUUAUCUUAAGAUUAGUUAAUCCCCAGGGUAGGAUGUGCAUUUUGUUAGGGGAAAAGGGUCUCUUUGCACUGGAAAAUUUGAUAGUUUAUGCUGCGCCCUCUAUUAUUCUCCUCACUGUCCUUUGCUGGGGCUCAUUUC